AGGCAAUAAAUAAUCAUGUCUAAGUUUGCUACCAUCAUCACCCUUCUCUUCGCUUACUUUGUUCUCUUUACUACUUUUGAAUCAGCAACAACGGUGGAAGGACAGAGGUUGUGCACGAGGCAGAGCAGGACAUGGUGGGGAGUUUGUGGAAAUAACGAUGCAUGUAGGAACCAGUGCAUUCGACUUGAAGGAGCACGACACGGAUCUUGUAACUAUAUCUUCCCAUAUCACAGAUGUAUCUGUUACCACGCAUGUUAAUUUUCCAAAAGCUCUUGGUGUUUGUGUGUCUAUUUUACAUAAAAUAAGACCGUGUCACUCUAGUGGCCAUAAAUAAGUCUAUAAUAAGAGUGUCUUCAAUGGAAGUUUCUAAAUAAGUUUUCCAUAUUAAAAACUAAUAAAAUAAAAUAUUAAGAGAAAGAUUGACAAGAGUCUUUCAAAUGCUAA